AAGCAGCUCAGGAAGGAAGAAAAACGUUUGAAGAAAGAUGGGAAGUUGAGCUCAGAGGAUCAAGAAAUAGCUGGGGCCCUAGACAUGACCCCUGAGGAACUGAGGGCUGCCAGGUAUGUCAUGUUUUUGCAUCAAAUAUAUGUCUCUUAGUAAAUACGAUAAUUAUAUACUAAGAUUUGGGAAUAUUUAAAAAAAAUGGCUUUGUAUUACAAGUGUUAUGAAAGAAUCAUUUUCAUUUAUUACAAUUCAGUUAUUCUGCCCAUUUUAUUUUCAGGAUGGCAGAAUUGGGAGCUGCUAAGACAGCUCCACUUUUCUCUGGCCGAAGCUCAGGCUAUGUUAAACCUGAAAAAUAUCCCUUUGUAUUUGACAAACUUGCUGAUGCCCAGCAAUCCUCAGCUUACAUUGCAGGAGCAAAGGUGUGUAUGAGAGUAGGAUUUUUCCAUACUUAUGUUUGCUUUGGUACGUAGUAUCACAAUAUCUAAACGGAGAAGAGGCUCAUUGUUUUUUGAGGAAUAACUCUGACAUAAGGGAGUCACACUAAAUACAGCUCACACUAUUCAAGCUCCACUUCUGAAAUAAAUAAGCUCAGUUAUUCAUAAGUUUUUUGUAAAAGUCAAGGCUUAGAACCUAGAGAUUAAAAAAUCCAGAAGCCCAUAAAAAUAAAGAAAAGGAAAUUGAAUCAACCGAAUUAAUUUUGUUUUAGAUCAUGAUUCUAUGAUAAAUUCUAUCAGUCAUUAUUUGAAACAGUAAAUACUGGGGAAUGUCAAGAAUAAGUUUGUCAAUAAAAAUAAAGAAAAGGAAAUUGAAUCAACCGAAUUAAUUUUGUUUUAGAUCAUGAUUCUAUGAUAAAUUCUAUCAGUCAUUAUUUGAAACAGUAAAUACUGGGGAAUGUCAAGAAUAAGUUUGUCACAUCAGUAAAAGGCUUCCUGCUUUUAAGAAAUUCAGAUUUUAAAAUAUAUUUCCCUGUAACUGAUAAAAAUCUGCCCAUCUUUCUUUUUCCUGCUACGUUAAAGCAUUUUUGCUCUUUUCCAUCCUUUAUGCCAAAGUUCAAGGCAGUUUUAAUUGGAUAGUGUCCACAGUGAGCCAGUGUAUCCCACAGAUUGUGGUGGUUGUUGGCUGGAAAGGGAUGUGGCUCACUAAUGUGGACAUUUUGUUAAGUAGAUGACUUCAUAUUCUUACUGUUGAGAAUUUUGGCUUUAUUUUUGUGUUGUCUAUAUCAGUGUAUCCCACAGAUUGGAGUGGUUGUUGGAUGGGAAGUGAUGUGGCUCACUAAUGUGGACAUUGCAUAAAGUAGAUGACUUCAUAUUCUUACUGUUGAGAAUGUUGGCUUUAUUUUUUGUGUGGUCUAUAAUUUAUUGAUUGUUUUCUUGAGUCAGUUUAUUAUGCCAUUGUUAAUUGCUUACAUUAAAUUCCAUUUCUAUUUUAAUAACUCACAGCUCUCAAAAAUAGUUCCUUUGUUUAAAAUUUAUAAGUACUAUUGAUAUUCAUCUGUUUUCACAUAGAUUGUUUUGCCUGAGAAUUUUGAACGUAAAGAUGACAAGCUGUAUGAAGAGAUCAACAUUCCUGCCAGUGGAUCAGCCCCUCCGGAAGUUGGGAAGAACCGCAUUAGAAUUGACAGCCUUGAUGAUGUAAGU